AUGAAAUUAGCAGCGGCUGCAAGUAGAGCCUUCUUCAAUCGGAAAAAGCCGUACCUCACUUUUACAUAUCCUUCACUAUCGACCAGACGAUUCGAGACCUCUACAGCAACUGCCACCACGAAUAGCAGCGCCGCCCUAACCGAAGAAGAAUUGGUACAGAUAAACGCCGUCGUCCCUCGACUCUGCUCCUCCAACCACCUUAAAGAGGCUGUCCAGCUCGUCGCCGCCGCUCUCUCCACCGAGAAUCCGCCUCUCAGUUCACUUCCGCUUUCGAUUCUCGUCAGCCGGCUCGCCCUCGAGCCCGAUCUCGCCCACCCCAUGCAUUUGCUCAAUUCCCUCAAAUACAAUUCCCGUACGGAGAAAACCCUAAUUAUAGUACCAAUUGCCAAAAUGUUCGUCUCCACUUUUUUCCAGCACGCCCAGCCGGAGAGAGCUGUAAAGAUUUUCCAGUGGAUUUCAAGGCCUGAUUUUCCCGGUGGAUUGCCCGGCGACCUGGAGUUUUAUGCUGUUCUGGUUGAUGGGUUUUGCAAGCGUGGGAUGAGUUUGGAUAGUCUUCGUGUUUUGCGGGUUAUGGCGGGUGGGGAUUUGAUGAUAGGGAGAGAGAUCAGAAUGUCGGUGUAUAGGGGUUUGUUGAGGGAGGCAAGGGUUAAUGAAGCUUUGGACCUUAAUGCGGCAUUGGAUUGUGUUACCUUGGGCUGGAAGGAAGUGGCUGAAUUGUUGGACAAGAUGAUUUCGAAUUGGGUCGAUUAG